AUGAUCGUGGAGAUGGUGGAGGAGGCGAGGAGCAUGCUGGUGUUGGAGGAGGUGACGGUGGAGGACCUGGUGGACGUCGGCAGCGACAAGAAGGGCGGCGGUAGACGCGGCGACGACACGAAGGAGGCUGCUGCGGGGAGAGUAGACUCGGAGGAGUGCCUCGCCCCGCCGGCCAAUUUCGCGAUGGUGGAUUACGGGAUCUACCGCUCGGGGUUCCCCGAGCCGGCUAACUUCGGCUAUCUCGAUUCCCUCGGCCUCCGGACCAUUGUGUGAGCGUUGUUAUUCGGUUCUGUCGCCUCUGUUCUUGGUUGUUUUGUUUUUUUUUCUCAUUUUUCUUUUUCUUGGUGGCGUUGCGGUUGUUCUAGGGUUCUUUGUCGGACCGGGGAUGAUUUGUGCUGACGAGAUGGGGCUAAUUUCGUAGGUACCUGUGCCCGGAACCAUACCCGGAGGCUAAUGCCGAUUACGUCCGUUCGCGUGGGAUACGGCUGUGCCAGUUUGGCAUCGAUGGCAGCAAGGUAUGAAUGAUAAUGUGAAUCAUCCCAGUAAUGAUCGCCCCCUUUUAUAACAUCAUCCUGCUUUCCAAGUCCCUCGUUUCGCAGACCUUUGAUCAUUUCUCCUGUCAUAUGUUUGUUUUUCAUAGUUUUUUAUCUACUGGGGGGCGUUGUUGAUCAUUUCUCUGGAGUUUCUGGUUCGUGUUCAGAAUUAUAGGUUUAUGUCGUGAUUUCAUAUUUUGAUACGAUUAAAAAUUUGUUAUGUCAUUUUCUUGACUAAAUUCAAGAUUGAGAGUUUUGAUAUUUUCUUCUUCUUAUUUGAAUAAUAACCUGUAUUUGACUGUUGCCCAAUAGGGAUCAGUCAGUACAGUCGCAACUCAUUUAGGAAGAUGGAUUUUGACUGAUCUUUGAGGGAUUCUCUCGUAACCUUGUUAAUCAAAAGUCGAUAAAAAUGAACAGAAAAAAUGUUUCUUUCUAUAAGGCACCUAUUUUUCCUUGGUUGUUUGCUUUCGGGAGAUUAAGAUAUUUUGUACGUGUAAUAAAAGCCACAUUUCAAGCCAUCUCCUUCCUCUUGAAAACUGUGAUACAAAAGUUAUUUUGUAUAUAUAUGAAAUUUGGCAAGGAUCCAUUGUCUGGUUAGACUCACAGGGUUGAAGAUCUUCACUCCUCCCUUUUCUGGUGCAAAAUCGAUAUCAAUCUCAAAUUAUGCGAAUAUACAUCAAAUCGGCUGGUUUGAAGUAAAGGAAUAUUCUAUUAUGCAGGCCUCGAGCUGCAUUGUCUCGUAUAUCAAUUUUUUCUUAUCUUAUCAUUAUAUAAAAUUAUUACGAUUUUUAUUUUUUUUACGUUGAGUGGCACUAUUUCUGUCAUACAUCAUCAACGUUACCAUGAUUUCAGGAGCCUUUUGUCAAGAUUUCCAAGGAUACCAUGAUGCAUGCUCUGAGAGUCCUACUUGGUACUAAAUUAAUUUCCCCAUACCUCCAAUGUUCUGUGUUAUUACAAUGAAAUUCAAUCCAUUUAAUUAUUUCCAUAUUUUUUCAUCCCUAGAUGUAAGAAACCAUCCGAUUUUGAUCCACUGCAAGCGUGGAAAGGUACAUCUCCCCCCUUCUUUAUAUCAGCCAUCGUUCAAGAACAUGUUAAUCGAUCCUUUCCCCACUCUGCUAACUUCAUUCCUCUUUAUUCCUCUGUUGGGUUACCGCAAAUUGCAGCACCGGACAGGUUGCCUGGUGGGCUGCUUCAGGAAGUUGCAGAGUUGGUGCCUGGCCUCGGUAUUUGAGGAGUACCAGCGACACGCCGCAGCUAAGACCAGGGUGUCCGACCUCAGGUUCAUCGAGGCUUUUGACAUCUCGAGCAUGAGCCAGUGCCUGCUGGGCGCCAUCUACCGGUACCACGGCCUCGGCUCUCGGGCCAGGCGCCUUGGGUACCACGAGAACUCAUCCUAA